AUGGCCAUACAAAACGGCGAUAUCCCAGACCCUACCGAGAAAUUGUGGGGGAGUGACGGUCCCAAUGUGGCAGGGGCACGAGGUAUGGGCGAUUUACCGAGAAACCUACCGCCGAUCCCCCAAGCAACUGCCCCUGAUCCAAGUCUUGUGGACAAUCCAGGGCCGAGGGGGUACGCCACAGGACAAUCUGGGAGACCGUCUGGCGCAAUACGCGAGGAGCUUGCCCGGGCUAGAUUGGGAGUCUCGUCAGAUCGAGCCAAGUGGGCGCAAGAAAGUAAUCAGCCGAGGGAACAGUUUGAAGGGGAUGUGCCGGGACCGGGGGAGGGUGAGAUGGUCGAUCCUUAUGCUUCAUCAGGUGCAACGAGGUAG